GACUCAACAAACAGCUUAAAUAGCAUCCAUCAGACAAACACCACCACUGCUCAAGACUUGGCUGCCAUCAGGAGAUACCGAACGGCUUUCAGUAGAGACCAAUUGCAACAAUUAGAGAAAGAGUUUGGGCGCGAGAACUACGUGUCCCGACCCCGACGGUGCGAAUUGGCCGCCGCUCUCAACCUCCCAGAAAGCACUAUAAAGGUUUGGUUUCAAAACCGACGAAUGAAAGACAAACGGCAGCGAAUGGCGCUCACGUGGCCGUACGCCGACCCACACUUCGCCGCCUAUAUGUUUGCGGCCGCCGCCACAGCCGCCGCUUAUGGACAGCAACCGACCGGAUACUGGAACAGGAGUUCAACGCCGUACCAGAAUCAGCCAUAUAUGGUGAUGAGACCGCCGGUGCCGUCGGCGCCCAUAACUCAGCCCCCAUUCAUCGCAUCGCCAGUCAGUCUUAUAUCGAGUCAUCCGUCGGCGCGAAGUGUGGACCCGAUCUCGAGCACCAAUUCGUGCUGCAAUUCAAGUGUCUGUCGCGGAUGUAAUUCUCCGCCGGAUGUGAUCAACACAUCGAUAUCAUUGACUCGAACCACACAUUCGCCUGAAAUGACAUUAUCUAAGCCUCUCUUUCAGCCCUAUAAGAAUGAUAUACAAAAGUAA